CAAACUCGGAAAUUUAGGUCUGCUCGUCUUCAACGUCAACGACGACGACAGUCGAUUGUUGUUCGUGCUCCUCUUAAUUUUUUCCAUCUCUGACCAAAUUCAUAUAAUGUCUGGGAGACCAACAGGCAAACCAGAUCUUUCUGGCUACAACUAUGGUGCCAUUUCAUCCCUUGUCUUGACCGCUGAUAGGUCUGCUCUGCCCAGGAGAGACAGAGAACCCGAUGGUGCCCCUACUUCCCUCGCAGGGCGGAUUGACCCUCGCGAGAUGGGCUCACGCGUUCAGCGUCAAGCGCCCAAAGACGUCGAGAAGAAGAAGAAAAAAGCAGGAGACGCGGGCAAGCAGGAAGCCCCAGAAAAGGUCGUGAAGCGACGUGCAGAAGCUGGUUUCGGGUACACAGAUAUUAUCGAGGCGACGCAAGACGUUGAAGGACUUGCAUACCGCCCACGUACUGCCGAAACUCGUGAAGUUUACGAAGUCAUGCUAUCCACGGUGCACCAAGUUCUGGGCGACCAAGCACAGGACAUUGUUCGCAGUGCGACCGACACCGUCCUUGAAACACUCAAGAACGAGGGCAUGAAGGACUUUGACAAGAAAAAAGAGAUCCAGGAGGUGUUGGGUCCUAUUUCCAACGACGUGUUUUCUCAGCUAGUGGCCCGAGCGCAAAAAAUUACCGACUAUGGCGCCGAGGAUGAGACGAUGGCAGACCCAGACAUGGAGCGCAAGGAUGCCGAAAUUGAUGACGAAGUUGGAGUUGCAGUCGUAUUCGACGAGGAGGAGCAAGAGGAUGAGGACGAAGAAGGCUACGAAAUUCGGGACGGUUCAGACGAGGAAGGUGACGAAGAGGAGGCAGAAGUAGAUGAAACUGCACCAGAAGCUGAGGAAGCAGGUCCUGAGGAGCUUGUCAUUGGUGGCUCGUCAACUCGUGGCACGGGCAAAGCCAAAGCAGACAAAGACAUCGUCUCGCCGCACGCGAUUGAUGGUUUUUGGGUGCAACGUCAGAUAUCGGAAGUUUACCCGGAUCCAGUUACUGCAGCAGACAAGGCAGCGUCUGUGCUCUCUAUUCUCGGUUCGGAAUCAGGCCUGCGCGAUUGCGAGAACCAGUUGAUGGAGCUGUUCGAGUUCCAGAGCUUCCAUGUAAUCACAAAAUUCCUCAAAAACCGGGACGUGGUGGUAUGGUGCACGAAGCUCAUGCGGAGUGACGCAGAUGAGCGGGUCAAUGUCGAGGUGGCUAUGCGAGAGAAGGGCGUCGGUUGGAUCUUGCGAGAGCUUGCUGGAGACCGCCAGGCCAAGAAGGCGCAGGAUGAUGCCAUGGAUGUGGACGAGAAAAAGAUAGCAGUACCGAAGACAGCGACCCUUGCACCAGGCUCUACGGUGCAACCAAAGCGCACAGUCGACCUAGAGAGCAUGGCAUUCAGUCAGGGGGGGCAUCUGAUGUCCAACAAGAAGUGUAAGCUUCCUGAGGGCUCAUUCAAGCGGGCACGCAAGGGAUACGAGGAGAUCCAUGUCCCUGCACCGCAGAAAAAGCAAGGUGGUGAGGAAGAGCUUGUACCAGUCACCGCACUUCCGGAGUGGGCAAGAAAGGCAUUCACCGUGCCCAAGCUCAAUCGAGUUCAGAGCAAGCUUUACCCAGUUGCCUUCGGUACAGAUGAACCCCUCUUACUCUGUGCGCCUACCGGCGCUGGUAAGACCAACGUCGCCAUGCUUACCAUCCUUAAUGAGUUGUCAAAAUAUCGCGAUGAGGCUACAGGCGAAUUUGCCCUCGACGAUUUCAAAAUUGUCUAUAUUGCACCCAUGAAGGCUCUUGUCCAAGAAAUGGUUGGCAACUUUAACGCGCGGCUGAACGUUUUCGGGAUCAAGGUUGGCGAGCUCACAGGCGACUCUCAAAUGACGAAACAGCAAAUCUCGGAGACACAGAUCAUUGUCACCACACCCGAGAAGUGGGAUGUCAUCACGCGCAAGAGUACCGACACGAGUUACACCAACCUCGUUCGGCUCAUGAUUAUUGAUGAAAUUCAUCUGCUGCACGACGAGCGUGGACCUGUGCUUGAGAGUGUUGUGGCACGAACGAUACGGAGGAUGGAGCAAACAGGAGAGUACGUUCGCCUAGUCGGUCUCUCAGCUACGCUUCCGAACUACCAAGACGUUGCAACAUUCCUCCGCGUGGACGAAUCGAAAGGUCUCUUCUAUUUCGACGCCUCGUAUCGUCCGUGUGCGCUUCAGCAGCAGUUCAUCGGUGUCACCGAGAAGAAGGCUAUCAAGCGUUUCCAGGUCAUGAACGAAGUUUGCUACGAGAAGGUACUUGACCAAGCGGGCAAGAAUCAGACACUCGUUUUCGUGCACUCUCGCAAGGAGACUGCCAAGACCGCCAAGUUCAUUCGCGACAUGGCCAUGGAGAAGGAGACGAUAACGCAGUUCGUUCGUCCCGACUCAGCGACGCGUGAGAUCCUCACGGAGGAAGCAGGCAAUGUCAAAGAUGGCAAUCUGCGUGACCUCUUGCCGUUUGGAUUCGCUAUUCACCACGCCGGUAUGACUAGAGAAGACCGAAAUCUCGUCGAGGAGCUUUUCGCAGAUGGUGCAGUCCAGGUGCUCGUCUGCACAGCAACGCUCGCAUGGGGUGUCAACCUCCCGGCACACACCGUCAUCAUCAAGGGCACGCAGAUCUAUAACCCCGAGAAAGGCCGCUGGGUUGAACUCUCUUCCCAGGAUGUGUUGCAGAUGCUCGGUCGUGCUGGUCGUCCGCAAUAUGACACAUAUGGUGAGGGCAUCAUCAUCACGAACCACGCCGAGCUGCAGUACUACCUCAGCUUGCUGAACCAGCAGUUGCCAAUCGAGUCCCAGUUCGUAUCGAAGCUUGCAGAUAACCUGAACGCAGAGAUCGUUCUUGGAACUGUUCGCAACCGCGACGAGGCCGUCCAGUGGUUGGGGUACACUUACCUCUAUGUUCGUAUGCUGAAGUCCCCAGGACUGUAUGGCAUCGGCGUUGAUUACCAAGAGGACGACAAUGGUCUUAUCCAGAAACGCGCUGACAUUGCACAUUCUGCCGCCGUCCUGCUGGAGAAAUGCCAUCUCGUCAAGUACGAGCGUCAAUCUGGUCGUUUCCAGAGCACUGAGCUUGGCCGCAUUGCGUCUCACUACUAUGUCACAUACAAUUCCAUGGCUACGUAUAACCAGCAUCUGAGACCAACCAUGUCGACAUUGGAACUGUUCAGGGUGUUUGCGCUCUCAAACGAGUUCAAACUUCUGCCGGUCCGUCAAGAGGAGAAGCUUGAGCUCGGUAAACUGUUGGAACGUGUGCCCAUUCCAGUGAAGGAAAGCGUCGAUGAACCCGCAGCGAAGAUCAACGUCCUUCUACAGGCUUACAUAUCGCAGCUUAAACUUGAUGGUUUCGCUCUCGUGGCCGACAUGGUCUUCGUCCAGCAAUCCGCCGGCCGUAUUCUUCGUGCUAUGUUUGAGAUCUGCCUGAAGCGAGGGUGGGCAGUGCCAGCGCGUGCAUGCCUUGACCUAUGUAAGAUGGUUGAACGCCGAAUGUGGGGCUCCAUGACGCCACUUCGCCAAUUCAAGGGCGUUCCGCAGGAGGUCAUCAGAAAAGCGGAGGGAAAACAAUUCCCAUGGUAUCGCUACUUUGAUCUCGACCCUCCAGAAAUCGGUGAGCUCAUCGGCAUCCCAAACGCCGGAAGGCUCGUGCAUCGCUUGGUCCACAGCUUCCCCAAGCUGCAGCUGCAAGCACAAGUGCAGCCCAUAACCCGCUCACUUCUUCGUAUCGACUUGUCUAUUGUCCCUGACUUCCGAUGGGACGAGAAGACUCACGGAACAGCUGAGACAUUCCUCAUCAUGGUUGAAGAUGUCGAUGGAGAGAUUGUUCUUUUCCACGACUCAUUUGUUUUGCGCCAGCGCUAUGCUGAGGACGAACAUAACGUCACCAUCACGGUUCCCAUGUUUGAACCCGUGCCCCCGAACUACUACAUAUCUGUCGUCUCCGACCGAUGGUUGCAUGCCGAGACCCGACUACCCAUUUCCUUCAAACACUUGAUUCUCCCAGAAAAGUUCCCGCCUCCCACUCCUCUUCUCGAGCUGCAGCCACUUCCGCUGUCUGCCCUGCACAACAAGGAUUUCGAGAGCAUAUACUCGUCCACCAUUCAGACAUUCAAUAAGAUCCAGACGCAGGUCUUCCAGGCGCUAUACACAUCUGAUGAGAAUGUCUUUAUUGGCGCACCUACUGGAAGCGGCAAGACUAUCUGUGCCGAAUUUGCUCUGCUCCGCCUUUGGAGCAAACGGGAGCAGCCCAGGGCGGUUUGUAUUGAACCCUACCAGGAAAUGGUAGACCAGCGUGUUGCGGAGUGGCGCCAGAAGUUCAGCGGCCUGCAGGGCGGCAAAAAGAUUGUAAGCCUCACAGGAGACACCAGCGCUGAUCUCCGACUCCUUGAGAAGGGUGAUGUCAUUGUUUGCACCCCAUCCCAGUGGGAUAUCCUGUCUCGAAGAUGGCGACAGCGCAAGAAUGUGCAGAACAUCGGGCUAUUGAUUGCAGACGAAAUCCAGCUCGUAGGUGGAGAAGUGGGUCCGACGUACGAAGUGGUGAUCUCUAGGACCCGCUAUGUCUCUGCGCAAACGGAGAUUAAGACUCGCAUUGUCGCCUGUGGUGUCUCACUCGCUAAUGCCAGAGACCUCGGUGAAUGGAUGGGUGCACCAUCGCAUGCAAUAUUCAACUUUUCGCCUAGCUCGAGGCCGCUGGACAUGGAUAUACAUCUCCAAAGCUUCACCAUCCCUCAUUUCCCUUCCCUGAUGAUCUCCAUGUCUAAGCCUGCUUAUCUCGCUAUUGUUGAGCACGCACCGACCAAACCCGUCGUCAUAUUCGUCCCAUCAAGACGCCAGUGCCGCCUUACGGUUGACGACUUGCUGGUCCACUGCGGAGCAGACAGCAACCCCGAUCGCUUCUUGAAUAUCGAAGAAGCCGACUUGCAGCUCCACCUCGACCACAUCAAGGAGAAUGGUCUUGUCGAAUGCCUAAAACAUGGUAUAGGGUAUUAUCACGAGGCGCUCGAUAAGAAAGACAAACACAUUGUCGAACGUUUAUUCCAGUCUGGAGCAAUCCAAGUUUUGGUGGCGUCUAAGGACACUGCAUGGAGUCUACCCGUCGCAAGCUACAUGGUGAUCAUAAUGGGCGUGCAAUACUACGAGGGCAAAGAGCAUCGAUAUGUCGAUUACCCAGUCAUGGACGUCCUACAAAUGAUGGGUCGUGCUUGCAGACCAAUGGAAGAUGAUCGCAGUCGAUGUGUCCUCAUGUGUCAGCAGACACGCAAGGACUUCUACAAGAAGUUCCUCGCAGAGGGUCUGCCCAUCGAGUCCCACCUGCCCACCCAUCUGUUGCACGACUAUUUCCUCGCCGAGAUCGCCGUCAAGACGAUUGAAAACAAGCAAGAUGCGAUGGAUAUCCUGACGUGGACGUACUUCUACCGCCGAAUGACCCAAAACCCCAACUACUACAAUCUUCACAACGUCAGCCAUCAGCAUUUGUCAGAUCACUUGUCGGAACUUGUGGAGAACACCUUGCAAGAACUGGUUAACUCAAAGUGUAUCUCGAUAGAAGAUGAAAUGGACGUUUCGGCACUGAACCUCGGGAUGAUUGCGGCGUACUACAAUAUCUCCUACGUCACCGUGGAAGUGUAUACCCUGUCACUGAAGGAGCGGACGAAACUCAAAGGUCUUCUUGAAGUUGUUGCCUCUUCUGCAGAGUUCGAGUCGAUUCCUAUCAGGCGACACGAAGACACCAUUCUGCGUCGCAUCUACGACCGCGUUCCCGUCAAGCUCGAUCGUGCAGACUUCGAAGCUCCGCACUUCAAGACAUUCCUUCUCCUUCAGGCUCAUUUCUCCCGUAUCCAACUGCCGCCCGACUUGGCAGCGGACCAAGUUUUAGUUCUGGAGAAGGUUUUGAACCUGCUAUCAGCAUGUGUAGAUGUCAUGUCCUCAAACGCAUGGCUGAAUGCAUUGGGAGCAAUGGAUUUGUCGCAGAUGUGUGUACAGGCGAUGUGGGAGACCGAUUCGCCCCUCAAGCAAAUCCCUCACUUUGAGCCGGAGGUCAUCAAACGUUGCAAGGUUGCCGGAAUCGAGUCUGUCUACGACGUCAUGGAGAUGGAAGAUGACAAACGCAACGAUCUUUUGAAGAUGGAUAGUCGUCAAAUGCGCGAUGUAGCGACGUUCGUCAACUCAUACCCCACCCUUGAUGUGUCCUUCAAGCUUGACAAGGGAGAAUAUACCGCUGGUGCACCUAUCACCAUGCAGGUUACCCUUGCCCGUGACGCAGAUGAGGAGGAUCCCGAUGACCAAACUGUUGUUGCACCUUUCUACCCAACGAAAAAGAUAGCGAACUGGUGGCUCGUAGUCGGGGAGCCGAGCACGAAACAGCUGCUAUCAAUCAAGCGCGUCACCGUCACCAAGAGUCUCUCGGUGAAAUUGGAGUUCACGCUACCAAAAGGAGAGCACGCUUUGAAACUCUUCGUUAUCUGCGAUUCGUACGUUGGCGCAGAUCAUGAUCUAAGUUUGGAUCCCAUUGAUGUUGCUGAGGGUGAGGACAGUGACAGCGAUGAUGAUAGUGGAGAUGAGAUGGAGGAGUAGUUGCUAUGCUCUUGUAAGAUUUCGAUGUAUCUCUACCGUCAUUGUCGUAUAGCUUUUUGCCGAUUGUUAAUUGUAUGGUUUAUCUAUUACUCGCUUGGAUAUACUGCAAAUUUCUGACAGCUACAGACUUUGUCGUACGAAGCUAACUACUGGUAUCUUGUCAUCAG